AUGAAUUUCAACAUUACAUGGGAUAUUACUGUGGAAAAAUAUAAAAAACACCUGUCACCUUUUGGUUGCAAAGUUUUAAGUGUUUUGUUACAACAACGUUUAAGUCCAGGUAAUAAAUACCUAGUAGUGAGCUCUAGAGAUUCAAAUUCAAAUAAUUCCUAUUACCUUUAUAAUAAUAAGGGGAACAUAGAUAAUGUUAUCGAUAAUAUUACAAAUAGUUGUUAUCCUGAUACUAAUGACGAGAUGGAUUUUACUGACAUAAAUGUAGUUUCACCAGAAACUAAUACAAAAGCAAUACCUAAAUCAGUUGAACUUGUAAGAAGCGCUCAUAAAGAGCUUGUACCACAAAAUUCUCAAAAUAUUGUACCUUUUGAUCAUAUCGUAAAACCUCCCAUUUUUAAUACUAUUCCAAAAGUGUAUAGCUUAUUAAAUGAUAAAGAUGAUCUUUUGAACAAACAGAUAGCAGAAAAUACGGUAACAGACUUUUCGGGGCCAGUACCGUGGGAAGAUAUGUUUGACUCUGAACUAUUUCCUAAAAAUGAUGAGGCUAAAAAUCUUGCGUGUGACAAAGCAGCAAAAAAGACAAAUGUUGUUAAAACCUUUGAAAUAACGUUUCCUGAGAAAAUACAAAAGGAUUGCGACAAUAAGAUGGAAUUUAAAAAUAAUUCUGAAAAGAAUCCUAAAAAACAUAAGAAUAAGACUAAUUUUUCGGAAAAGGUUCCGAAAAAAGUAAAAAAAGCCGUCAAAGAAUUCGACAGUUUAGCUAAACCUAGUUUUCGAAAAGAAAAAUACACGAAAACUGUUAAAAAUUGGUUGAACGGCGUAGACCCAAAACAUGUGGUAGAUGAAAUUAAUAUCUUAGAAAACACAUCUGACGGUAUGAAUAAAUUAAAUAGAGUUGAAUUAACAAUCGAGGAUAAUUUGUGCGGUGAUAGGCGCAAAAAAACUGUUCAGGCACAAUUAUCAAAUGUAAAUGGAGUUAUGAAAUAUUCUAAGCCUUCCAAAAAUGAAAAUGAACACACCAAUAAAACAGAAAAACAGGGCCCACCUGCAUCUGAAGCAAAUAAAGAAAAGAAAAAGUCCAAAUUUGUUGCACCAAUUAAGUCUCAGAUUCCCGUUAAAGAUAUAACUUAUAAAGUAUUUACAUUAGAUAAUGAUAAUGAUUAUUUUGAUGAAAAUACAAGCGAUCUUAGAUCGAGUGCCACAGAAAUUUUCAUGACACUUAUUUACAGCAACGACUAUUGUCAAUUAAAUAAUCAUUACACUGAAGACGUCGGGGUACCACAAGGCAUUAUGUUUCUCGUUAAAGACAAUUUUUACUAUUUAGGGGGCUCUUUAUCCAAACAUAAAGGCAUAAUACGCCAUUUAAUAAAUAAUAACAGUGUGGUUUGCUACGAAGGUAAAAAUCUUCUUACGCAUUUUUUCCAAUACCUCGGUUCAGAUGUCAGUAAAGAUAUUAAAAUCCUUGAUGCAAAGAUUGGGGGAAGCCUUCUAGAUCCAGACAAUCCGCCCAAUAAUUUUUCCGAAUUGCAAAAACUACUGACCUAUGAACCGGAAUAUACGAUUGCCACAGAUUGCUUGCAACAGAAGUCUGCUUGGUAUAUCUCGUUGUUGAAGGAGUGUUGGGACAAACUACAACAGUCCCUGGUAGCACAAGGCCUUUGGAAUAUCUUUGUCGAGAUUGAGAUGCGCGUUAUGCCGAUCAUUUCAGGUAUGGAACAUCGGGGUGUAUCUGUGGAUUUGGAAACGCUGAAAUGCAUGGAGAAGUUAUUACUAGAGAAGAUGAAGACAGUAGAGCAGGAAUGCUACAAGGCAGCAGGAAAGACCUUUCAAAUAAACUCUGCAGUACAAGUUAGAGUUAUUUUGUACGACGAGUUGAAGUUAGAUUCAAAGUGUAAUGUCAAAAUUAGGGAAACAAUCUGCAAAGGAGCGAAAUCUACUUCAGAAGUUAUGCUGAGGAGUUUAAUUCAUAAGCACAUUCUCCCAAAAUUAAUCCUAGAGUACCGGCAUUUACAUAAAGCACACGCCACUUUCCUCUCCGGUAUAGCACAGUGUGUGAGGGGUGGAGUCGUUAAGCCUUUAUGGGAACAAACUGCGGCUGCGACGGGUCGGAUUUCAUGCAAUAGUCCUAACUUGCAAGCUGUACCGAAAACACCUUUCAGUCUCACAUUAUUUCCUAGAGAAGGCGCUGUUGAUGAUGCACAAACUCUGAACCUUCGCUCGCUGUACGUGGGCCGAUCCGGACACUAUCUGCUGGCAGCUGACUUCAAGCAGAUGGAGUGCCGCGUGUUCGCUCUCGCCGCCGCUGAUAACAGCCUACUGCAGGCUCUGAGCAGUCCGGAUCUGUUCCGCGUGCUCUCAGCUGCAUGGCUUAACAAGCCGGAAUCCGAGGUAACGAAUGAAGAGCGCGAGCGUACUAAGCGAGUGGUGUACGCAAGUAUGUACGGCGCUGGAGUUAAUAAGUUGGCCGACGUUCUCGGGCUGGGCUACGAACAUGCGCUUUCAGUUGUCACCAGCUUUAACAGGACUUUCCCAUCGCUCAAAAGCUUCGGCCGGGCGGUAGUGUCACGGUGUGAGAGAGAUGGCAGGCUGAGUACGCCGUGCGGCAGAACGAGAUAUUUCAAGGACAUCACGAGUACUGACUUUACGACCAAAGCGCAGGCAGAGAGGAAAGCUAUUAAUUUUAUUAUACAAGGUUCGGCAGCUGAUCUGUGUAAGAUGGCGAUGGUGAAAGCGGAACAGCACCUGAGGAAUAGUGACCCUCCGAUAGAUGCCUAUUUGCUGUUGCAAAUACAUGACGAGUUAGUCUGGGAGGUUAGGGAUGAGGAUCUCAGCAGAGCUGCUGAACUUAUUAAGUCAGCAAUGGAAGGUUGCGGCUACGAGUGUGGAAUGCCUAUGGUGUUGCCAGUUGCUUUGAGCUACGGAAGAAAUUGGGGAGAAAUGAAAGAAUAUGUUCCGGAAGUGUAA